ACCCGCCUCCACAGCGGCACACGUGGAUACUGUAGGUAUAACACGCUAUUUUUUACGUUGAAAUGCUACGUAUCCAGUGUUCAUGGAAACGUACACCGUGGACGUAUUUUCUUGGCGACUGGGUUGAAUAAAUACACCUGUGUCUUAAAGGGGGUUAGAGUCCCUCGGGUGGGGUUAGAGACCCCUUCUUUGUUUGUGUAUUAAAUAAUUCUAUGUGGUAAGAAGGUUAGAGUCCUUUAUCAGGGUUAGAGUCCCUUUGCAGAGGAAACGGUAUGCCUGGGGCAUGAGUGGCACCCAGAGGAAAAAGGUAAAUGAGAAUAAGAUAAACUAGGCUCGUUGCAUGGUGAAGGAAUACCCACGAGACCAUAGGGCCUAUAAGAAUCGGGCAUAGUGAUACAAGACUACCGAUGGCCAAGUAAUGGAUGUGUAAUAAAUACACCUGUGUCUUAAAGGGGGUUAGAGUCCCUCGGGUGGGGUUAGAGUCCCCUUCUUUGUUUGUGUAUUAAAUAAUUCUAUGUGGUAAGAAGGUUAGAGUCCUUUAUCAGGGUUAGAGUCCCUUUGCAGAGGAAACGGUAUGCCUGGGGCAUGUGUGGCACCCAGAGGAAAAAGGUAAAUGAGAAUAAGAUAAACUAGGCUUGUUGCGUGGUGAAAGAACACCCUCGAGGCCAUAGGGCCUAUAAGAAUCUGGCAUAGUGAUACAAGACUACCGAUGGCCAAGUAAUGGAUGUGUAAUAAAUACACCUGUGUCUUAAAGGGGGUUAGAGUCCCUCGGGUGGGGUUAGAGUCCCCUUCUUUGUUUGUGUAUUAAAUAAUUCUAUGUGGUAAGAAGGUUAGAGUCCUUUAUCAGGGUUAGAGUCCCUUUGCAGAGGAAACGGUAUGCCUGGGGCAUGAGUGGCACCCAGAGGAAAAAGGUAAAUGAGAAUAAGAUAAACUAGGCUCGUUGCGUGGUGAAAGAACACCCUCGAGGCCUAAGGCUCGCCGCCCUUGAUAAGUGAAUCUGAGGUGCCCGAAGAAGCACAACGAUUUCUUGGCCAUAUAUUCAUUGCAUAUGCGGGGACUGACGGACAGACACCUGAACUGACGCAGACUAGGGAUAGCAGUGACCUCUCACCCCCACCUUCACGACCAGAGAGCAAGUGCGUGUGUAUGGAGUCAAGAACGAGAGUCAGCGUGGGUGGAAGAAUAGGAGAGCAUGAGUGAGAGAGAGACAGAGAGACAGUGUGUGUAUGCGCGUGAGAGAGAGAGACAGAGUGGCUGUGUGUGUGUGUAAGAGGCCCAGAGAGAGAGAAAGAAAGAGAGCGAGCGUAUGUGUGGGCCGGCUAAAUAUAGAAAUAAAUAAAUCAAUGAUAACCCUGCUAUGUGUGCAACGCUUGCUUGCUUUGUUAUGCUCAACGCUAUUUUGCUGUGUCUGAUGAUUGUGGGUGCGGUAGCAGACGGAUAAUUGCAUUGACCACAGCGGACGGGAAUAGUAGACACCUGUUGCCCCUCACUAGUAAGGUGUGAGCGGCUGGGCAUAUAUCUCUGUCCAGACUCCCUGUGCAUGUGUGUCAGAAAGAGAGAGAGAAAGGCUGUGAGCGAUUCUGUGUGUGCGCGUGUACGCAAGAGGCAAUGUUCAUGUGUGUGCGUCUGCGGGAGACAGAAUGAGAGGAGCCGUGUGUGAAGUCAGUGUGAAUGUGCGUUUGUGUGAGAGGGAGCGAGAGAGAUAGCAAGGAGAGAUAGCAAGGAGAGCUAAAGUCGGAGGACGAUCGAGAGGGACCAUUUUCCCUCUAGACAGUUCGAGGUAGCGAUAGAGUGCGUGUUUUUCUAACAAUGAAUGUUUCAGGACCACGAGAAGGGACUCUGUAUGGUUUUCAGGCCCAGAGAAUCCACAGGGGGAGGGUCAGCUUGUAGCAAUCACAAAACAAGCUGAUGAGGAACCAAUACUGCAGGUUCUGAUAAAUGAUAGAGGCACGCCAAUGAUGGCUGACACUGGAGCCACUUACACUUGCGUAGGUUCAAAAUAUGCCUCUCAGCUCCCCAUGGCAGGAAAAUUCGCCAAAACUUUAGAAUUUCUCGGGACACACGCAGUUAAUACCUAUGACAGCUCCAAGGAUGACAAUCAGAGAAUUCUUAUUUUAAGUUGUAUAUGUGAGUGAGUGAGUGAGUGAGUGAGUGAGUAAGAGAGAGAGUAAGAAAGAGAUUGAAUUUGCAUUGUGCUGAAUAGAUUAUUUGUGUGCUUGGAUGUACUCUGUAUUUGGUCCCUGAAUGUAACCUAUGUCCACUGUUUUAGAGAAAACGUAGAACCACCACUGGGAUUGGUGAUUCUGUGGUUCUUGGAGACUCUCCAUCGCAUCGGAACAUCAUGUGGUAUAGAUCAUUACAUCUUGGUACACAGAACGGUUUGGAUCAGAGGGAGAAGGUGUUUGGAGAAGGGAGAGGAAUGUAAAGAAAGAAAAAAGGGCGGAUGCGGACCGACCCAGAGGUAAUAAAUCAGCGGAGAGGAGGCUGGGGGUCGGUUUAGCUCAGGAAGUAGAGGGUGUCUUGUAACCGAAAGGUUGCUAGUUCGAUCCCCAUCUCCUCCUAGCUGAGUGUUGAUGUGUCCCCCCUGAGUAAGUUACAUGGUGAUCACAGGAUUUAGGAAUAAUUAUCUAGACUCCAAAACAUGAGCAAUUAGCGUUAAAGAUUGUCUGCACACCACACUCCACAGGAGUCAAUGGGUUCAAUGGCGCCAGGGUAAAGUGACUCAUCAAAAGAGGAGCAGACCCAACCCAUGGACUCUGCGUGGAUAGGGGGAUGUUAUUUUGGUGCUUGGACCUGACGAGGUCUAGGUGCCAAGAUAACAACACAAAUAAAAUAUUUCCUUAGAGAUUAUGAUAAGUAAUAGACAAUUUAUUAAAAGUGAUCUUAUAAUUUAGAAAAAACAAUCGGCAAUACUUAAAAAUUAGACCAAAUAAGUAUGAUAAAACGUUAUCCAAAUUUCUAAUUUAGGUUAUCCACAAUGACAAAAUGUCAUUUAAAAUAAAUAAGCAAAAUAAAAUAAGAAAGGAUGUGUGUGUGAGCCUGUUCUCGUGUGUGUGUCGGGGCUGCCAAGGUAGGGGAGAAUCCUCUCCUACUCAGAGUGAUGGGAUACACAAGGGGAUACACAAGCAUACUUCAGAUAAAACAACAUGGUUAAUUAGUAAAUGGAAACAAUGUAUCAAUUCAGUGUUGAAUAAACUAGAUAAGGACAACGUAGAGGGUUUGGCUUUGGUAUAGUAGUGAAUCAAAAUGUGGAAAACACUAAAUGCAAUCAAUAGGUAGAAUAAAAGGUUUAAUUAGGUCGUCCAAUUUAAAUAGAUAGUGAAGGGCAAUCGGGUAGGAUUAUGAAGAGAAUUGUGAUUUUGAGUAACGGUUAAGACAGAAGUGAGUCGCCCAAUAUUGAAAAUGCAAGUUUUAAUAUUGUGAUUUUUGUUUUCUUUCACAUCUCCCUAGUUAAGGACAAUAGGUGGAUUGACGCCACAUCUGCUGGGAAGGAGUCAUACAUGCUAUGUUGUCAAAUUGGAUUCGGAAGUAGUGGGUUUACCUUUCAAAUGCCACUACUGCUGCUGCAACACUUUAAUAAUUUUAACUCUGAUAAAUUACCUUUUGUUUUAUAGUUGCCCUGAUGUGUAUCUUUUACGCACACACACGCUGCAUAGGGCAGAUGCGGCUGAAGACUCUGUCUCCAUCCCUCCACUUUGCGAUCUAUACCACCAUAUAGGUGGGGAUUGAUCGUAUCCCAGGUACACUGCCCUACAAAGGCAAAGUGCAGUAACUACGUAUUUUGUCAAAAUUGAGUUCAGACUGAAAAUGGGUUUUAUGUCACCUUCUUUGUCUUGAGACAAAAACUCUUGGUCCAACUGUGUCCCGUUUUAGAGAAAUCCCGAUGUAAAAUUUGCAGUAACUACAAAAUCCAACCUAAUACCAAGGCUAAACGCAGUAAGUGAAGUAUCUGCGUUCUGCCUUUGUUCACCCGGCUUUGACACAGUAGAUACUGCGGUCUGCCUUAGUAGCGCGCGUAGUAGCGCGCGCCCCAUCCGAAUCUACUGUACACACGGCAUUCCCGCUCUCACACACCACCAACAAGCAAACAAGUAAACAAGCUAUAUGCUAUCCUAAAACUGAUCAUGGCACAAUCCCGAGGAAAACUCAUGGUGGAACUUGCUUUGAAACGCAAGUAUCCAGACAAUGGUAAGGACGAUGGAUAAAUAUCAAGAACUGACCUAAAUCUAUUAAACCAUUUUAGCCUACCUGCUCCCUUGAAGCCUGUAGCAUCUUCCCACUCUGGAAACGCUGUCAUAGUCCAAUUACGAUCACGUCGCUGUUUUGUUUCUUGUCUUCAUUUCUGAAACUAUUUUCUUUCGGGGCAGCUAAUCCAACUGAUGUGAAGAUAACAAGAUCAGCCUACUCAUUUAGUUAGUCGACUCCAUUUAAGUCACUGUUACUUUAGCAUUCUAGAGUUAGCUGAUCUCCUGAGGAGAUCGCAAAUACGAUAUUGAAUAAAAAUGAAAUGUCCAUUUAGCUCGGUUGUUUACUUCUCAUUCCACACGCUACAUCACAUGGUUUAGGUAAAUUAUCGCGUUGUCUAAAGGAUAGCCAAUGAAGUUCAAGCAGAAAGUCGCAAACCCACCAUCGAGAUCAGUCGACUUCUUCGGUUCAUUUCUUCUAUUGUAUAAAAUGGCAGUCACUCAUUUUGACGUGCGGAUAGAUAGUCAACGUUUUCCAAUAAUUCUACUUUCUUGAGCGUCAUGGAAACGCACUGACUGACAGCCAGAGGGGCGGGUCUCACUGGCCGUGACCCAGGGCACACGGUCUAAUGAACAACACAACUUUUUCUCAUGCAAACGCAUGAGAACUAGGAAUCUACAUAUGAUAUACAGGAUGAAUAAAAUGUGCAUACUAAUUAUGAGGAAAAAACUAAUAUUUAGAAUACAAGGAAAGUUAUGAUAAUCACAUUCUUUUAUUAUCAUGUCAUGAGAGAGCCCAAUUUCAACCAAACAGUGAGGAUGAGACACUGAGGGAAGAGUACCUUAAAAGCUUGUUUGCCUCAAUGGAGGCAGAAGUUGAGGACCAUUCGACCCAGGGUUCAGAAGUGAAUUAUUUUACAGCUCACAGGGAAGAACAGUGCAUGGUGAAGGGAGAUGGUUGUUAUGAGGAGGAGGAGGAGGAGGAUGUGGAUGAAGGGGAUGUAACGUAUGUGCCAGAAAAUGAAGGUGAUGAGGAUGAGGAUGGUAGCGAUGAAGUUAGCACCAGCAUUAACCGUCAAGAGCCAUCCUCGGCUGACAAACAAAAGACCCCACAGCUUGGGAAGCCUUGUGGCCUAAUUUGCAGAAAGAAGUGCACAACUAAAAUAACAGAGGGCCAGAGGAGUGAAAUAUUUGGUGCAUAUUGGAAGAUGCCCUAUGCAGAUAGGAAAAGCGUUAUGUUCCAUAUGAUGUCAAAAGAAAAGACAAAGCGACUCACCACAGGGGGCCCAAGCAAGCGCAAGCGGUCAUACAAAUACCACCUUAAGGAUGACCAGGGCCAGCGACAUGAGGUGUGCAAAGCAAUGUUUUUAUCCACCGUAGGGUACCACCCGAAAAAUGACAGACUAAUAACGACGGUUUUUGGUGGUGCUGACUCCUCAGGUCUAACCCCACCGCCAGAAAGAAGGGGAAGGCAUUCUCCAGCCAACAAGAUCGACUUGACUCCAAUGUUUGAUCACAUUGAGUCAUUCCAUCCAUCAAUCAGCCAUUAUAGGCGAGAGCAUGCCACGAACAGGAGGUAUCUGCCAAGUGACAUCACCAUCAAGUCCAUGUUUCAGGAUUACAGGCAGAAGUUCACAAAAGGCUCUUAUGAAACCUACAGGAAGGCCGUAAAGGAGCUAAACAUCAGCUUCACAAAGCUAAGGGAGGAAGAGUGUGAACACCGCCUGCGGCACGAGGUCCACCUAAAGCAAGAUCACCAGGCUGAUGCCCCUGAAUGCCACAAUUGUCUAAAGUGGGAGGACCAUAAGAAGAGAGCAGAGAGUGCAAGAACUCAUUAUCGAUUGGAUGCAGAGAAGGAGCAGGUGGAUGAGGUCAUCCGUAGUGUGGACUUACAAAAAGUCAUCAUGCUGCCCCGAAUGCCUGGAGUGAAGUCAGCAGUCUUCACUCGUAGAAUCACUGCUUUCCACGAGACCUUUGCAAGUGUUGGCAAAUUCAAACCUUCAAAGAAGAAGACGCUGUCUGUGGUAUGGCAUGAGGGGAUUGCUGGCAGAUCAGCAGCAGAGGUGGCAUCUGCGUUUGUCACCUCCCUUCAUCAGGAGAGGGAUGUGCGCUUUGUAAGUUACUGGGUGGACAACUGCACAUCACAGAAUAAGAACUGGACCCUUUUGACCACUUUGGUUAAAGUUGUAAAACACGCCGCCAAUAAUAUCCAAACAAUUACCCUGAAGUAUUUCGAACCAGGACACACUUUCAUGAGUGCGGAUAGCUUCCACCAUGGAGUGGAAAAGGCAAUGAGGAAGCAACCUGGAGGUGUCGUCUUGGACUUUGAAGACUUCAAGGGAGUAAUUAGAUCGUCCAAUUCUGGCAGGGUGAACGUAGUGGACCACCAGUGCACAAACUUCCUUGCCUGGAGCAGCGGCCACUCAGUGACCAAACUCAAAAAGGUGCCAAAUCUGUCUGGAAUGGCCAUCAUCCAGCUGAGAAGGGGUUCCAGGAGCAUGUUCAUCAAAAUGGCUCAUGAUGAAGUAGAGUACACAGAAUGUGACUUUCUCAUGAAGAAGGUGACCUUGGAGUACCCUGGGCAGUUGAGACCUGGAGACAAGGGGGUAGAGAGGGAGAAGAAGAUGGACAUCAUCGCUAAAAUCUGCCCAAUGAUGCCCCCACACCGCCGUCACUUUUGGGAGAAUUUGGCUUAGGAGGAGUGAAAAGGAGCGAAAAUAAAUGUGCACGCACACACACACACACACAAACACACCCACACCCACACACUACACGUUUUCUCUCUCUCUCUCUGGCACGCUCACAUGUUGUAUGUUGUUACUGUUUGGUUUCUGUUAUCUGUUAUCCUUAUCUGUAGUUAUUAUGGAUAUUAUUAUAGUUCAAACUAAUGUACACUUACUUUAAUACACACAUGUAUGCACAUGUAUUCAAGAGUUCCACUGAAUCACUUAUCUAAGCUUCCCACUGGCUGCCACCAUGCAGUAGCCCCUACACACACACACACACACACACACACACACA